UUCAGACAGAGGUAGCAGCUGUGCGAGAGUCUGAGCCCGACAGCAAGAACUAACAACAAUCUUCAUUUAGCGCCGGGAUACAUCGAAACAGACUUAUUUUGAGCUCAUUGCAGAGCAUUAUUGCUGUUGUUCUGCACACUUUCAAUAAUGGAUUGGGGAGUACACAGAACAAUUGUGAAUGGAUAAUUCGGUGUCUUUUCUCCCUGCUUUUGUUGGGGAAAGUAUCAGGAAACCACAGCUUGCGAUUUGAUCCCUAAAUCAUAACUCAAACUGCCCAAAGCGAAUGAUUAAACAGGAGUUCUUUAAGAAUUAGUCUGUAAGAGAGAAAAGGGGGAGGCUCUGUUUGUAUCACUUUUGUGAAUAGAUACAUGUUUUAGUUUUUUUUUCUCUCCCUGGCAAACUUGAAAUGGGGGGUUCCAAAGUAGGCUAGUCAAACGUCGAAGCUGUCUGAACUUGUAAAGUGAAAGGUGAUAGUUCUGGACUUCUUCAUGGGCUACGCAUAAUAAACAUGUUAGCCAACUGAUGAACCCUUGUCAAAGGGUUAGAUAACACGACACAUGGCAAUGCUUAGCUCUUUGGAAACUGGACAGGGGUGGACCUAAAGCUUAUAUGGUUUGACCAACUGCAGAGAGAUAGCAAAUACUUUCUCUUGAAACCUAUUGUUGACCUUGUCAGAAGAUUAAUUCAUAAACAAUGGCGUCAGAAAUGGUGUGUGGAUUGAUCUUCAGAUUGCUUCUCCCAAUAUGUCUAGUUGCAGCAUGUCUCUUCCGGUACAAUGGGUUAUCGUUUGUCUACCUCAUCUACCUCUUGCUCAUUCCACUUUUUUCAGAACCAACAAAAGCAACAAUGCAGGGACAUACGGGCCGGUUAUUGAAAUCCUUGUGUUUUACAAGCCUAACCUUUCUGCUGCUUCACAUCAUCUUUCAAAUCACAAUUAAUAGCCUUCAAGCCGGAAACACCAUUAACCCUGACUUCAACUGUUCAACGUGGGAGAAAUCAUUUCGGCAAAUAGGUUUUGAGAGUGUAAGAGGAGCAGAUCCUGGAAAUGGUAUUAGGGUGUUCAUACCAGAUAUUGGGAUGUUUGUUGCAGGCCUGGCAACAUGGCUUCUGUGCCGAAGUCUGGUUCAGAAAACACCCACUGAAGACAUGGCACAGUACAACACAGAUUUUGAAAAUGAUGAACAGGAUGAGGAGAGGCUUGAGAUGGAGGACGAGGUGAUGUUCGAUGAGGAUUGUGAACUGGAAGAUGAAUGUGAAAUGGAAGAGGAGAAGCUGGAAGAAGGAGAAGAGGAGGAGGAGGAGGAGGAGGAGGAAGAAAGCACAAAACUUAAAAUACUGCGCAGAGUCACAGGAGUAGCAUCAAAAUUAAAAGAAGUUAUUGGCAAUAUUAUAACUACCGCUGGAAAAGUUGUCGUAACAAUACUACUUGGUUUGACAGGUAUUAUGUUACCAUCUCUGACCUCAGCUGUAUAUUUCUUUACAUUUUUGGGGUUGUGUACUUGGUGGUCCUUUUGUCGAACGUUUGAUCCGCUGAUAUUCAGCUGUCUGUGUGUAUUAAUGGCCAUAUUCAGUGCAGGGCACUUGAUUGGGCUUUAUUUGUACCAGUUUCAGUUCUUCCAGGAGUUUGUUCCACCAAAAGACUUCUAUGCAAGAUUGUUUGGUGUGACACCUGUAAUUCAAACCAACUGCUCAGCUACAUGGAUGAUAAUAUCUCACCCAAAUUUGCUGUGGUUUCACUAUGUAAAUCCUGUCAUGCUUUUGGUGCUGUACUACACUCUCGCCACCCUCAUUCGACUGUGGCUUCAGGAGCCAAUUGAACCGAUGGACAUUGAUGAAGAAGAGAAUCUGGAACUGGAAGAAGAGAAUCUGGAACUGGAAGAAGAGAAAGAUCAAGCCAGCAAUGAGAUUGUGUUGACAGCAGAAAAGAGACGAAGAAUGUGGCAAACGGCACACUACGCAACUGAGGAGAGAAAACUUCUUUCUAUGACCCAGGAUGAUUACAACACUUCUGAUGUACUGUUGGUUAAAGUGAAUGGAACCCCUGUUGAUUAUCACAGCAUAAACUCAACCUUAGCCAUUGAGGACGGCCCAACCAAACUCGAUGUGUACUCCACGCCCCAGUAUAAGGUCAACAGAGCAGAUGACACAUCAGAGAAAAAAGAAGAGGGUGAUUAUGAGGUUGAUGAAGAUAAUAAAGAAGAGGAUGAACCAUCAGAAGAUGAAGAAAACCCCAAAGUCCACGCUGUGGUUACAGUAUUUAGAUUUAUUAUGAAGCAAAGCUACAUCUGUGCUCUGAUAGCUAUGAUGGCAUGGAGCAUCACCUAUCACAGUUGGCUCACCUUUGUUCUGCUGAUCUGGUCUUGCACACUUUGGAUGGUCCGCAACAGAAGGAAAUAUGCCAUGCUUACUUCUCCAUUCAUGGUGUUCUAUGGAAACCUGUUGUUGAGUCUUCAGUAUAUUUGGAGCAUUGAUGUUGACGAGAUUCCGAAAGUUUCAGGAAUUUUAGUGAGGAAAGAAGAACCGUUUGCGGAACUGGGAUCGAAAAUUCUUUGUGCUUUAACAUUCUGGUUGCUGCUCCGGCAACACUUGAUGGAGAGAAAGGAGAAGUUAGAAGAUGAAGGGAAUGCUGCUCUCUCUGCCAUCAGGGUGGAAAAAGAGGAAAAGGAGGAGGAGGAGGAAGAGAAAGAAAUCAUGCACGUUCUGGGUAACCUGGUUAAAGCGAUGUUUAUCAAGUAUUGGAUCUAUGUCUGCGGAGGCAUGUUCUUCUUCGUCAGCUUUGAAGGAAAAAUAGUCAUGUAUAAAAUUAUCUACAUGAUGCUAUUCCUAUUUUGUGUAGCACUGUAUCAGGUACACUACGACUGGUGGAGAAGAAUUUUAAAAUAUUUUUGGAUGUCUGUUGUCGUUUACACCAUGUUCGUCCUUAUCCUUGUCUACACCUAUCAGUUUGAGUCCUCCCCAAGAGUGUGGUCGAACAUGACGGGGAUGGAUGAAGAAAAGCUGAAGGAUCUGGGGCUGGAGCAGUUUGGUGUUGCGGAGCUCUUCACUAGGAUAUUCAUCCCAACUUCUUUCUUGCUUGUGUGCAUUCUGCACCUGCACUAUUUCCACGACCACUUUCUCGAGCUCACAGACCUGAAGACAUUGGCUGCCAAGCAGGACAGUACCAUUUACAGGCUGGUGCAUCAGGACGGUAGUUUGGUUGACAUCACCAUGAUGAAUAUGACCACCAGUAUUGCUAAGGAAGACGUGGAGGAGAAGAAGAGUCAGGUGGAAAUAGAUGAAAAAGGAGAAGGGAAAGAACCAGAGGAUAGUGGGGAUAAAGGAGGGAGCAGACACUGCAGAGAAGGAGACCAACCCAGCGGAGCUGAGACCCAAACAGAGGAAACACCGGAUUCCAAGAAUAAAUGGCAUCUGGUCAUAGACCGCCUGACAGUGCUUUUCUUGAGGUUUCUCGAGUAUUUUCACAAACUGCAGUUGUUUGUCUGGUGGCUUUUUGAAUUACACAUCAUCAAAGUAGUGUCAUCCUACAUCAUCUGGGUCACAGUCAAAGAGGUUUCCUUCUUCAAUUACGUAUUUUUGAUAUGCUGGGCUUUUGCUCUUCCAUAUAGCCAGUUCCGCCCACUAGCGUCAAGCAUCUGUACUAUAUGGACCUGUGUUAUAAUUGUCUGCAAAAUGUUGUACCAACUGUCAUCUAUAGAUGAAGGAAGCUACUCUGUAAACUGUACAAUGUCAUUGAAUUGGACUGAAGAGAAGAAAAAAGACAUGAUGAUGUCCGUUCUUUAUAAUAAAUCUAUUGACCCUUCCAACUGGGUCGGAUUAAAGAAGUCAUCUCCUCUCUUGGAAUACCUUAGGAACAACCUUUUGAUGCUGGCAAUCUUGGCCUUUGAAAUAACAAUUUACCGCCACCAGGAAUAUUAUAGAUUGAAAAACAAUCUCACAACACCUGCGACUAAAACCAUCUUUCAUGAUAUUACAAGACAUCACUUGGAUGAUGGAAUUGUGAACUGUGCCAAGUAUUUCAUAAACUACUUCUUCUACAAGUUUGGUUUGGAGACAUGCUUCCUUAUGGCAAUUAAUGUGAUAGGCCAGAGAAUGGAUUUCUAUGCAAUGCUCCAUGCCUUCUGUUUAGUCGCUGUAAUGUAUCGACGCAGGAGAAAAGCCAUUGCAGAAAUCUGGCCAAAGUACUGCUGCUUUCUGGCUUGCAUCUUGACAUUCCAGUACUUCAUUUGUAUUGGUAUUCCACCUGCAGCUUGUAAAGACUAUCCGUGGAGAUUUCAGGGUUCUGGUAUGGACUCCAAUGUUAUAAAAUGGCUGUACUUCCCUGAUUUCCACACAAGCCCUAAUUCAGUCUUUCUCGCCUAUGACUUUAUGCUUCUCCUCUGUGCAUCCCUGCAAAGAGAAGUGUUUGAAGAUGAGAACAAAGCAGCGGUGCGGAUCAUGGCUGGGGACAACGUGGAAAUAUGUAGGGAUCUGGACGCAGCUUCCUUCAGCCAGCACAACCCAGUGCCUGACUUCAUUCACUGCAGAUCUUACCUGGACAUGCUGAAGGUGGCGAUGUUCAGUUAUCUCUUUUGGUUUGUGCUCACCAUCAUCUUCAUCACAGGAACAACUCGGAUCAGCAUAUUCUGCAUGGGCUACCUAGUGGCCUGCUUCUACUUCCUGCUGUUUGGUGGGGGUCUCUUACUGAAACCCAUCAAAGUCAUCCUGCAUUUCUGGGACUUCCUCAUCGCCUACAACGUGUUUGUGAUCACCAUGAAGAAUGUCCUGUCUAUAGCAGCCUGUGGCUACAUUGGCCCUUUGGUCAAAAACUGUUGUUGGUUAAUCCAAAUAUUGAGUCUGGCCUGCACUAUUAAAGAAUAUAAACCCCCUGAGAAGACUGAAAACUGUGACUUUCCCAGUGAUGAAGCUGGCAUCAUUUGGGAUAGCAUUUGCUUUGCCUUCUUGUUGCUUCAGAGAAGAGUCUUCAUGAGCUACUACUUCUUGCAUGUAGUCGCAGACAUUAGAGCCUCCCAGAUCUUAGCCUCGAGAGGAGCAGAACUUUUUCAGGCCACUAUUGUGAAAGCUGUGAAAGCCAGGAUUGAAGAGGAGAACAAAUCCAUGGACCAGCUCAAGAGACAAAUGGAUCGUAUCAAAACCCGACAACAGAAGUUCAAGAAGGGCAAGGAGAGGAUGUUGAGCUUGGCCCAGGAGUCAGGAGAGGGGGCGACCCUGAUUCAGAAUCAGGAAGUGGAGGAUGAUGAAGGAGAAGCAGACAAAGAAAAAGCCAAGGGCAAAAAAAAGCAGUGGUGGCGGCCUUGGGUUGACCAUGCGUCCAUGGUGCGGAGUGGGGAUUAUUACUUGUUUGAGACGGACAGUGAGGAGGAAGAAGAGGAGGAGAAAAAGGAUGAUGAAGAGCCCACCAAGAAAUCUGCGUUCCAGAGAGCCAUUGGAAAAUUUGCUUCAGCUAUUUUGGCCUUGCCAAAAUCUAUUAUUAAACUGCCAAAAACUAUUCUUCAGUAUGUACUCAGGGCAGCAAAGUUUGUUUACCAAGCCUUGAUGACAGAUUCCAAAACAUCCCUCAAGGAACAGAGCAAAGAGACAAUGAGGUUUUGGAAGAGGUACGCUAGUAAAGGCAACAAGAAAAAAGAUGACAAAGAAGCUUAUAUUGCCAUUGAGUGUGGAGAGCAGGAGGAGGAACCAGGAACCUCAGGAGAAGGAAAGAAAUCUAAUGGACCAGAUAACAUCAUAAAGAGGGUUUUUAAUGUUGUGAAGUUCACCUGGGUCCUAUUUUUGACACUGCUGGAUAGCUUUACAGAAUGGCUGAACUCCAUUUCCAAGGAGCAUAUCGAUAUCUCCACUGUGCUCAGGAUAGAACGAUGUAUGCUGAUCAGAGAAAUCAAAAAGGGAAAUGUUCCAUCUCGAGAGGACAUCCAUAUUUAUUACCAGAACCAGAUGCGGUUGAAUCUUUCCAGGGAGUCUGGGCUGGACCAGCUUGAUGUCGACCUCUCUACAUGUUCUCACAAUGCAGACCGGAAACGCGGGGCUCGCAGAAUGCACAGCUUAGACUCUGCAGCCUCUCGUGACAGCUUAUCCAGUGUCUACACUGAAGCCACCAUGCUGUUUUCGUGGCAGUCUACCGUAGACGAUUUAGACAGACCCCCAGAACAUGUUCCUAAAACAAGUGAGCGCGCUCGACUUAAGCUUCGCAAAAUGUACAGCAUGGAGAUGUCCUCCUCAUCAGCUGACAGUGGCAGCAUUGUAUCAAGUGAACCAACACAGUGCACCACACUGUUCUCCCGUGAGGGUACCACUGACACUAUUGAAGAAGUGGAGGAUGAAGAGGAUGAGGGCGGCCUCACCAGUGUUUUAUUUCAGACAGACCUGGGAGUGCCUUUGGGGGAAGGGGGUCCAGGAUACCCUGAUGAGGAACCAGGAUAUAAAGUAGAGGUCAAUGCAAACCAUGCCGAGGAUCAGGAAUGUCACACUGAACAAUGUGAUUUAGGGGAUCAAGUACAUGGGGCAGGAGAUCAGGAAUUAAAUGUAGGAGGUCACCAAUAUGGUGCUGAAGAUCACGUGUUCCCAGCUGAAUGUGUGAUCCAGCUGUACACCCCUGACACCGAUGGGCCCGCCACCUACCCCACAGACAUUGAUGGAGACGUGCCGCCUUCUUACAGCAAAGCCGCCAGCUUCGACAGAAUGUCUGUCAGCUCUAACGAGGACUCUGUCGACAAGCCGUUAAUGGCCAUGACAACAGACGACAGCAGGACGGAAAAUUUAGAUGACAUCAUAUUGCCUUCCCUUACCCACGAGCUGACUGCCAGCGAGCUGCUGCUGAACAAGAUGUUUUAUGAUGACGAGUUGGAAGGCUCUGAUAGGUUCUACAAACAGCAGCCUCAGAUAUUACAGCUUUGCUAUGCCCUCUACAACACGCUGGUAGCGCGCUCUGAAAUGGUGUGUUACUUUGUCAUCAUUCUGAAUCACAUGAUUUCUGCCUCCAUGGUAACCCUGGUGCUCCCCAUCCUCAUCUUCCUGUGGGCCAUGCUUUCAGUUCCCAGGCCCAGCAAGCGUUUCUGGAUGACGGCUAUUGUCUACACUGAGGUAGCGAUUGUGAUAAAAUACUUUUUCCAGUUUGGUUUCUUCCCCUUCAAUCAGAACUUAGGGGUCAACAAGAACAAGCCCUAUCACCCACCCAAUAUAAUAGGAAUUGAGAAGAAGGAAGGCUAUGUGCUCUAUGACCUGCUUCAGCUCUUGACUCUCUUCUUUCACAGAUCCAUUUUAAAGGGCCACGGCUUAUGGGAUGAAGAUGACUUUAGAGGCACAGAGAAUGCUACUCACAGGGAUGAGUCGGAAGACAAGAAGUGCAUGUCCACUGAAAGAAGGGGAUCUGCCGGGUCUCUGAAAUCCGUAAACCUGGCAGUAUCCUUGGAGUCGGUCCAUGUUCACUUCCCAGAAAAGCAGACCCCCAUCAGGAGAAAGAGCUCCAAUGGCGGAUCCCAGAUCUCACACAGGUCGAACCAUUCCUCCAACAGGUCCAAAAGAGGAAGCACAAGUACCAGAAACAGCAGCAGGAAAGGUAGCAGUGUGAUAAGUGUCCAGCAAAAGACUCGAAAGGAGCUGUCAAUUGAAAAAUUGAAGGAACAGCUCAUCAAGGCCAAGGCAUUUACUAUUAAAAAAACACUUGAAAUCUACAUGCCCAUUAAGCAGUUUUUCUACAAUCUGAUCCACCCGGAGUACAGCGCAGUGACCGACGUCUAUGUGCUGAUGUUCCUGGCCGACACUGUUGACUUCAUCAUAAUUGUAUUCGGAUUUUGGGCAUUUGGGAAACAUUCAGCUGCUGCGGAUAUCACUUCCUCUCUGUCUGAGGAUCAGGUUCCAGAGGCUUUCCUGGUCAUGGUGUUGAUUCAGUUUGGAACCAUGGUGGUGGACCGAGCCCUCUACCUGAAGAAGACUGUCAUGGGCAAAGUCAUUUUUCAGGUCAUCCUUGUGUUCGGCAUACACUUCUGGAUGUUCUUCAUCUUGCCAGGUGUAACUGAGAGGCGAUUCAGUCAGAAUACUGUUGCCCAGCUCUGGUAUUUUGUAAAAUGCAUCUACUUUGGAUUAUCGGCCUAUCAGAUCCGUUGCGGAUACCCAACACGUGUCCUCGGUAACUUCUUAACAAAAAGCUACAACUACGUCAACCUCUUUUUAUUCCAGGGAUUCCGCCUGGUACCCUUCUUGACUGAACUCAGAGCUGUGAUGGACUGGGUGUGGACAGAAACAACUCUCAGUCUGUCCAGCUGGAUCUGUGUAGAAGAUAUCUAUGCUCACAUUUUUGUACUAAAAUGCUGGAGAGAGUCGGAAAAGCGAUACCCCCAACCUCGAGGACAGAAGAAGAAGAAGGUGGUAAAGUACGGGAUGGGAGGCAUGAUCAUUGCGCUGCUGAUCUGCAUUGUAUGGUUCCCCCUGCUUUUCAUGUCUCUCGUCAAAUCUGUGGCUGGUGUUGUCAAUAAACCAUUGGACGUCUCCAUUAAAAUAACCCUUGCAGGUUACCAGCCCAUCUUCACAAUGAGUGCCCAGCAAACUCAAUUAAAAGAUCUAUCUGACAGUGAUUUUAAAACGUUUACAAAGAGAUACAAAAUAAAUGACGAUGCAUUGCAGUUUUUGGAAGCCUACACCCAUGAGGACGUCACAAUUGCAGAACUGGAAGGGAGUUCUAAUUCUCUCUGGACCAUCAGCCCUCCUAGUCGUAAAAGACUGAUAGCAGACCUGAAAAAAAAAGAUUCAGAUUUCUCUCUUUCUAUUUCGUGGACCAUUCAAAGGAAUCCCAGUCUUGGGGCUAAAGCCGAAGUGGCACUUGAUAAGCAUAUAAUUAAUCAUCUAGAUCAAAAAAUUAAAGUCGGUCUUAUAAAUCUAUUGACUGGAGUAGAAAAUGCGCCCCCUGUCACUAUAAGUAAUGCUUUCCCAUGUUAUAUUCGAGCGCCCAGUGAUUCCAAUGCAAAACCUAUUAAGCAGCUUUAUACAGAUGGCAAUUACCAAAACAUCUACCUAAGACUCGAGAGAAACAUAUACAGUAUCAAUCAGACUCAGGAGUGGUGGAUUGUGCAUGACGAAGAAAAUAAAAAAGGCCUGAAACUGUAUGUUUUUAGUGAUCAAGUCAGCCCACCAAGUUUAGGUUUCCUUGCUGGAUAUGGAAUCAUGGGUCUCUAUGCCUCUGUCGUGCUGGUGAUCGGAAAGUUUGUGCGUGAGUUCUUCAGCGGGAUCUCCCACUCAAUCAUGUUUGAAGAACUGCCCAACGUGGACCGUAUCCUCAAGCUUUGCACAGACAUCUUCCUAGUUCGUGAGACUGGGGAGCUCGAGCUAGAGGAGGACAUGUACUCCAAACUCAUCUUCCUCUACAGAUCUCCGGAGACCAUGAUCAAAUGGACACGGGAGAAGACUAAAUGAGCACAGCCUGCAGGUUUAGCAGAGCACGAAUAUGGAAAACAAAGCACAAUAUUCUGAGAAUAGCUAACAUGUUUCUGAAAGUAAUGGAUGCUGCUAAGUUUUUUUUCCCCUGCCGGUGCCAUGGAAUCUACACUUUAGGAUCCCCACUGCCUUUAAUUUUUGCCCUGUACGCAAAUGAAGACCACACAUUUUUUUUUUUUUUUUUUUUUUUUUUACUACUGUCAAUAUAUUAACUGAAUUCUCAUCUUAUUGUUAGGAUACUGUCAAGGCUUUUAGUGUAAUGUCAUCCAUACAUCUUUUACUGCUUUCUUAUACUUCUUUCGGAUUGGAGUAGAUAAAACUUGAGCUGUGCAAUACGCUGUACCAAAUGGCUCACUGUGAAGUUAGAAGAAUACAACACUUCUCAUGAUUCAGUAUUCAAAACCAAGGGUCAGCGGUAUGUGGAGAAACACUACCAGCUUUUUAAAACAAAAAGACAAACUCACAAGCAGUGGUUCUGUGGGAGAUAUUCAUAAGACAAGGCUUCUGUACAAGUUAUAUGACAAUCUCUGAUCUGCCUUAUUUUAUUUGUACAAUCAACUGAAAAACAUAUAUUAACCAUAAAGGACCAUUCUCAGGAACAAAAAUAAAUAAAUAAGCAUCUCACGUGGGGAGUAAUCCCCUGCCUUGUACAUGAAGAUUGUUAAGUAAAUAUCAUCUCUCUUAGAUUACACUUGAACCAAAGGAGACCAUCCUGUAGUUCCAUGUCUAAAAAAAAACUCUUCACAGGAUAUGAGUAACCAACAACACUAAAAAGAAACACCUUGCUGCAUCCCUUUGUUGCAGAGGCUUCCUGCAGUCCAAACUAUGCAUUAGAGAACAUUGUAGCAUGUAACAAAAAUUAUGAUCGCUGUUUAAUUUUCAUUCCAUGUACAUACAUUUUUGGAAAAAAAAAAAUGAAAUAAAAAAAUAAAACAUUU